ACCCCGGUUUUUGGAAUCGGCCUGCUGGUUGGAACGCUGGUGUGGUUGCGUAGUUUUCUACACGGACAUCAUUCAGGUAGUGCAUGACGCAAUUGAAAUGGAGGAGGAUAUGUUUUUAGCUAGUCGCUAGCGGUGUGAAGAGAAUGUCUGGGACUGUGGCGCACAUAUAUCCGGAGUUGCAGGCUGUUUUCCCGGGCUCUGAGGCGGAGUUUCCACUGCAGUUCGGUGAGAAGGUGGAGCCCAGCAUCGUGUCCGUGCUGAAACUGGCGAGGAAGCAGCUGUACAGCAGCGCAGAACCCUCCCUGCUCGCCCAAAAUGCCCAGGUCAUCCUGGACUUCGCCUGGGAAAAGCUCAACACGGGAACCUGGCGAGACGUGGACAAGGAGUGGAGACGGGUGUACUCCUACGGCUGCCUGUUCAAAGCUGCCAGCCUUUGCUGGGGAGAAGCCUCCGAAGCCGCGGGGCAGGAAGCCAUUAGGUCAUGUGACAUGGGACUGCUGAUGGGGGCAGCCAUCAUGGAUAACAUACUGCAGACUGUGGUGGGAAUCCUGCAUGGGAAAUUUAGGAAGAGAUGCCCUGAAGAGGAGGAUUCCAAUGAAGGCCCAGAUAUGAAGAGGUUGAGGACGGAGCGUGCCUUCGCGCCUGAGGUCGGCGCAGAAACGGCCGUCCCCAGGAUGCAGUGUCCCUCCCUGGAGAGUUUUGGCUCGCUCUUCCUCGCUCCACGCAAACCGGUCAUAUUACAGGGUGUCAUAGACCACUGGCCUGCCUGCAAGGACCACCGCUGGAGCAUUGACUACCUGCGGAGAACAGCUGGCUGCCGGACCGUUCCUGUGGAACUGGGCUCCCGGUACACCGAUGAAGAAUGGUCGCAAUCACUCAUCACAGUCAAUGAGUUUAUAGACCGUUAUAUCACUGGAACAGUAGAGGGCGGUCCUGUGGGAUACCUGGCUCAGCAUCAGCUCUUUGAUCAGAUUCCUGAACUGAAAGAAGACAUCCGUAUCCCUGAUUACUGCUGCCUUGGGGAGGGAGAGGAAGACGACAUCACUAUCAAUGCUUGGUUUGGGCCUGCGGGGACAGUGUCUCCUCUCCACCAGGACCCCCAGCAGAACUUCCUGGCCCAGGUCGUCGGCAGGAAGUACAUUCGGCUCUACUCCCCAGAGGACAGUGAGAAGCUGUACCCACACCAGUCUCACCUACUCCACAACACCAGCCAGGUGGACGUGGAGCGUCCAGAUGUGGAUCGCUUCCCGGAGUUUGCGAAGGCCCCCUAUCAGGAGUGCGUCUUGGAGCCCGGAGAGGUGCUGUUCAUCCCGGUCCAGCACUGGCACUACGUCCGUGCCCUGGACCUCAGCUUCUCCGUCAGCUUCUGGUGGUCCUGACCAACGGCCCCGGCUCGGGUCCUGCUGCUGAGCUGUCCGUCGAACCCUUACUGCGUCACACUGUUUUUUUAGGACAAACACGGGCCUGACGCACAGCGGAGACCAAAAGCCUGAGGACACUGGUCACAAGUCCUGCUCGUCUUCAUUCAUCAAGGAAUAAUGCGACUCCAAUUACACGUCUUAUUCAGGAAUACGCUAUAGGAGGACGGUUGCAGACCAAAAUUAUAAAAAACAUUUCCAAACGCUCGUAUGAAACGGGAGGCUUUGUGAAUAUGUGGUUCCUCCACCAUAAGGUUGUUGCAUCCUUUAUCCCAUUCAAGCAUUAACACGUGAAAUAUAACACGUGAGAAAUAAGUGCUACAUACACAGCAAAAAAAAGAACUCUUGGUGGCUAGGAAGAGCUUUUUUGUGGGGAUGAAAAACGUUAAUCAAAAAGCAAAACAAGAACAGAGGCUAAAAUGCCUUUGUUGCAUUGGCAGGUUCAAAAUAAAAAUAAUAAAAUACUCAAACACAUUUUGACAACAGGGAAUAAGCUAUACCUGCAGAACAAUGGUACGUCAGCAACAAUAAGCCUUAAUUAGCUACACCUUUGUCUAAAUCAGGAGGUUGCGGUGUGGCUAACAUGUUCACCUAUAGAAUUAAUAACAAACUGUGAAUCAAUAUUGAUGCAUGGUUUGUUAGGCCGGUGAGUUAUUCACUUAUCGGGAACUUUUUGCCGAAAGAAUUCUACAGGUUAACAUGUUAGCCACACCUCUGCUUAUUGAUUUAGAGAGAGGUGUAGCUAAUGAAGGUUUAUUGUUUGUCAUCUAAACACCAUAGUUCUGCAACUCUGGUCUACUCCCUGAUGAAGGUAACCGAAAUGCAUUGGGAGUAUUUUAUAGUUUCUAUUUUGAUUUUAUAGUUGCCAGUUCAAUAAAGCCAUUUUAACUAUGUGGACAGGGUACCUUGGUUCCUGAUUUGUCUUUUGAUUAACAAAUGUGUUCCUAAAACUGAAUAUGUAUACAUCUUGGCUAUUAACUAAAACCAUCUAUUUAAUUGAAUGAAUCUGCCAUUGUACUUGAUGUUGCUAUGUUUUACUACCUACAAAUACCUACAAAACGUGUUGAACAAGAAGCAUAAACAGAGCGUCAUAAUUGUAUUAGCCCUUGUUAAUUAAUGAUAAACAAUCAAUUCUUGUUGAUAGUGUUCUCAGACCUUUGGUCCCCACUGUACUUUAAGAUACAGGGGUACAGGUACAGUGUGGUUUUGUACAUAGAUUGUUACGGCAUUAUGCGCUUUCAGAGUUGAAAAAGUGACCCCACCCACUCUUCAGUAAGGGUGCGUUUCUAUAGAUGCGUUACCCUGCAGAAAAUAAAAAAUUUUGCCAAACGAA